AUGAAGGACGCACUGCUGGUGAUGCUGCUGGACGUUUACAUUAUCAAGGUGUCGUCACUGCCCUACCAUGUGGAUUCAAAUACUAAGUGUAAUAACACGAAUCAAGAAUACUUGUUGGAGGCUUUGGGCUUGUGUUGCAAAAAGUGUCCCCCAGGAUGGCGAUUGUCACAUGAGUGCGACCAAACAUCAGAGACCGUUUGUGAGCGGUGUGAACCCGACCAGUACAUGGAGAGUUGGAACUACGCACCAAACUGCUUCCCUUGCGCCAAAUGCAAACCUAAUAAAGGCCUGCAGUUCGCCCAAGCGUGCUCCCCUAUCGCCAUGUCCAAGUGUUCGUGCCAACCUGGCAUGUACUGCAUCAUGGAGUCUGACGAGCAACACUGCACUGCCUGUCUACAGCACAAGAGCUGCAAAGCUGGUUUUGGAGUCUCUGUGCCAGGCACAGCCCACUCAAACGUCAAGUGCAAACAAUGCCUAAACGGGACGUUCUCCAACACGUCGUCUGCAACAGAACCAUGUCGACCUCAUACAAACUGUCAUGAGAGGCCCGUGUUAAGAGAAGGCACUUCAACGAUGGAUACACUUUGCAAAGGGGCAACUAUGACCCCAACGAGCAUGGUCACGGGCACUGAGAAUCCUUUGCUUGGACCAGCUGUUUUGGGGGGCUCGCCAUCUUGGUUGACAAAAAGUCCAGGGGCUGAUGAUGACAAGGUUGCAGCAGUCGCCAGUAUUGUCGGAACAGUCAUGUUUUUCAUCAUCGUCGCCGUUAUUCUACUGGUCCUUUAUAAGACCUCACGGAGCAAAGGCGCUGCCAACUUGCAUCCUAAAGACACUUUGAGUGGAAGUCUUGAGAGCGGCAAUGAAUUGAAGACUCUACGGACUUCCCUCACCGACGUCUCACCGGGUGAGGAAUGCCGCCUGCUGAAGAGUACAGAGGGCAGCUGCGAUUCUGGCCUCGGCGGCGGCGACACUCGCUCUUUCCGCAGCAGCCAGAACUCCUUCGAAACACCGCCGUCCACCUUAGCCCUUCCCCAACAGCAGCCUUUGCCUUCGGGUACCGACAUCCAUUCAUGUGUUCCGCACAUCAGCGUCAACAUCACGUUCAACAUAGGAGAUGGAGGCUCACACUCACCACUGCAAGACUUGGAACUGAGCUUUAGAGAGGAGCAAGAGUCUAUCAGUAUUCCAAAACAGGAAGCUGGAAAAGAGUUGCCUGACCAGGAGAGUUUGGAAUUACAUGACUCUGAUAAGCAGGCCUAA